CUUACCAGAACUGGAACUAGAUUGAGAUAUACGGCAGUCAUCAUGGUUCACACAACAGAGCUGGAUGCUACCAUUGACAAAUGUCUAGAUGGAAUAGACAUCAAUAACAGUUGUCGACAGGUAUACCUGCGGAGGAUGGAAUCCAUCGAAGAGUGUAAAAGGUCAACGAAGAAAGAAGCUUCUCACAAAACAACAUCCAGCAUUGAUGCUGCUCUGAGGAAACUAAGAAUCGAAAUGGUGAGUUUGAUGGAUCAGGAUGCUGGUCUGAUGCGACAGAUGUUAAUCCUAAACGAGAAAGUCGAGGAACUCAAGGCCAACAACAUCUGUCAGAUGAGCAAAGAAUCCCUUGACAGCCAGGACAGUCUGUAUGAAGAGGAAGGAGAGACAAAUAAAUAUCUCAUGCAAAGCCAGGACAGCGUGUACCACUCCGACGAACAGACAGACGAAUCCCUGUUUGACAGCAAAGAAAGCAUUUUCAACAUGGAUAAUCAAACUAGCGAACUCUUUCGGCACACCGCUGAUAGUCUGUACCAGACCGAUGAAUUCUCAUCUGAUGAAGAAAACAUCGAUAUUUUCGAUGUUGUAAAGUCUGGAAGUAAAACGAAUCCACCGCCUUUUGUUAACAAUAGAUGCGUCAGUUGUCAAAAGAACUUAGUUGAGAAGUUUGUCUCAUAUGACACAAUGUUUGAGAAAUUGCUUGAUUUUGACGACAAGAUAUAAAGACAGAUUACGUUUAUUAGGACAAACAGGUAUCCCAGCUGUUCAAAUCCAAUCGGAUUCCUAGAUAAACCACUCCAGUGUCGAUAAUGGACAAUAUUGACGAUCUAUCCGUCGAUGAAGAACCGCCAAGGAUACUUUAUCCCGGAAAGGAAGAAAAGCAAUAACUGCAAAUUCUACUGAGGAAUGAAGCAGAAUAUAUGAAGUUGGUGUCAUCGGCAAUGACUGAGGGGUAGUGCCAACCAUAGCACUCCAAUUACUAGACUGACAUCCUCUGUGAAAAAACAAUGGGGUGGUCCUUUUUGGAACUGACGAAGAUAAAGACUCGAAAUAAACGAACUGCUGGAUCAUACAGUUUCAACUUGACAGUGUUCGUGAACCCUUUCCAAUUGAACUUCCAAAUAUAUUUGCGGAAUUGUUACUCGCAGUCUUGCUGAUAUGGACGUUGUUCUGUGUUUGUAAUAUUUAGACAGUUUACAGUUAAUGGAUUCACGGCUGCUAUGAAUACAACUUAUACAAUUUUUUGACCUCCCACCUUUUC